UGUAGUGCCUUUACGUAUGGAAUAUUUACUUGAAGAAUUCCAGUUCUGCACUACAAUACUGUGAGUAUUGCAUUCAGUCCCAACACAUGAAGCUCAGAAUUAACUACCCUGGGGGGGGUCGGUGAGAAACGUUAAUGCUCAGCAUAGAAAUAGCCAAUAGAAAACAGUGAGCACAGGAUUUCAUCCUUGCUUUUAAGAGCAAAAGCAUUGCUGAAAGUCACCUAUUGAUGUUUUUCAACUCAGGAUUCCCAUUUGAAUGUCAUCUGUUGUGACAGGACUGUAUUCAGAGGCCAAAACAAGUAGUGAUAUUUUUCAGUUCUCAGGCUUCGUAAUGAAGGAUAUAUUGCUGGAAAUGCUCAUCCAGAUGUGAGAGCAUUACGCUGCAAAACCAAGGAGUUGUUUUCUAUUCUGUGGUUUCAAUGUCAGCCUAAGAACAGGAGAGAGUUUAUAACUCCUAGAGUUAAAAGAUUAGUUUCGGGCACUGGGAUUAUCUGAGAUCUGUCUAAAUCAAUCUCUAAGUUAUGUAGGGAAAAUGAUAGCAAGAAAAGGCUCACACCUUUGAUUCCUUCUCACCAAGCUCUAACUUUCAGAAAUCAAAGAACAAUUUGUGCAUGGAAGAUGACUUCUGUAAAGUCUAAAGGAGAGAAAUGAUGCCCAUGCAGACUCAAUUAAGCAAAAGAGCUUAAAUUAAUGAUCUCUUAUUCUUCUAGCUCCUGGUCUGAAAAGGAUUAAAUGCUGGGUAGACCCUUGCAAAUGGCAUGGUGUACAGUGUACAGUGCUCAUUAGAUAUAAUCUCAUUAAAGCAUUUCCAGAUGUGUUUGAAAUCCUGAAUGGAUGUAAAAUGCAGAACCUGCAACAGUGGAAGAGUCUUAGAUGAGGCGAAAAUUGUGAGACAGCUAAGAAGCUCUGCUCUGCCUCUUAGAUGUGGUGAUCUCUGAGUAUGAGACAACUUCAACAGUUCUUUUUUUGUCUUCUGAACUUCUGCUCAUAGAUACAAUCCAGAGAAAGAAGGAAACUUGGACAGUUGUCUGACUGAACUAGGAAUCCUCUCUUGUGGAAUCUUGCAGAAUUGUUUCCCACUUUUCAAUUAUAAUGUUAAUGGUUAUGUAUCUGCUUUUCCUGACUCUCUAGAUAAAGUAGUGAAGCAUGGAUGGGCACUAGAACUCUACAAUUUCAGGUGGUAAAUGGCAAAUCUUACUCUUCUGUUUGUUGUUACCUUAAUGUAGCUUCCUCUACUUGAGCUGUAUGAACUCAGUGCAGCUUCUUUCUACUGUAUCCACUCUGUGCCUACAAAUCAGAUCAAGAUCACUAGCUAAGAUACUGCUCUUGAUGUUGCGUGGCUUUAAAAAAAUAAAUCAGUGUAAAACAUUCAAUUCCAUAUUUAAUUUGCAAAUUUAAUUUGCAAAAAAUGAGUACAGAAAGAAUCAAGUAAAACAGAGUGUGAAGUGGCAAUAGUUGGGAUUGGAACCUUUUGUCUGGUCUAGUGAUCUAAGCAUUUUGGAUUGAAAAGGGAAAUAUUAUCCUGCAGUCUUUGGUUAGAAACUCUGGAUCCAUCACCCUGUGGAGCAAAGAAAACCAUCAGGUUGCAAGCUAAUAGUAGAACUAUAAGGCUGUUUUAGGCACAAGGCAAGAAAACCUUGCACCAAGAACAAAAAAAUCAGAGAACCCUUAUUAUUGGCAUUCUGAUAUAAUACUACUUGACCCAGUAAGGGAAGUCCAUUGUCAAAUAUUUCUUGGUGAAAAAAAAAAAGUAAAAUCUAAAAAUUGGGAGAAUUAUGGACUUUGUAUUGGAAAAAAAGCAAAACAUCCUGAGUUCAGGGCUCAGAUGUUGAGUUUGUGCUUAAACCUUAUGCAGGUGUCUUGAAUUUUCUAUGUCAUUCAGCUCCCUUGGGAAUAGGCUGACUUGUUUUUAGGUAAUCAAGGUUUUUUUUUUUGAGAGGAAGAGCCUUGUUGGGGGAUGGAAUUUUGCAUGUUAUGCUGUCACAACAUGUAAUUUCACACAGUAGUCUUUGUUCCACUCUCCGGGCAGUUGAACAUUAUCUCUGCAUCUCACCCUAGGGAGUGAGUAAUUCACAUGCACUCGUAUCACAAAAACCUUGGGGAUUGCUGGUUUUUAAUCGGCCCUUAAUGAAGCCUGCCAGAUCAGUUUACACUACUUGUCACUAUUUGCUGGCCUGGCUGCCAGAGCCUUGGCCAUGAUUUCUGCUUCUAAAACAAGGAAAAAAUAGGCCUGCAGCUGUUGAUUGAAAUUGAAAUCCAUGAGGAACUCAGACAGAAAUCCACCUUUGAUGUGUAUCCUGUGUGUUCUAGGCUGGAUGAAAUCAGAUUCAUUUUAACCCCUAUGAUGACCAUUUCCGUGGCUGAACUCAGGCAAGAUCCAUGCAGGGACUGAGAUCAGAUGCAGGACCUACCAGCUCUCAGGAGUAAGAUAGUGUUCAUGAACCCAUGAUCUGGAAAAGUCCCACAAUAGAAUGAAACUUCUUGCACAGUUCUGCAGCUUUUUAAUGACCAUGCACAGAGCAAGAGCGUCUCUGUUACUGCACUCAACUCCCCAGCAUUGCAGGUUUAUGAAGCAGUAUGCAGAUCGCUGCCAGCUCAAGAUGCAUCUGUUCCCAUGCUGUAGAUGUGGCCUCAAGUACUUGGCAGUCACUGUAGCACUUCAGGAAGAAACAUAAGAAAUAUAAGACUUUGAAACCCGCUAGGUGUCUGGAGAUGUUCACAGCAGCAAAAGAGAAUCUCUUUUACCUGUACACAUCUGAACCAGCACAGAAGACACUGUGCCUGUAUUCUCUAAAAGCAGUUAUUCCCAGGUCAUAAAGCACCUUUUGAAACCCCCCAAAAUUGCUUUUACCAUCAGGGAUGUACUCUUGGCUCUACUCUUGAUGAACAGCCAAUAUCUGAAGCAGGCACACGACUUUCUGUUAGUGCUUUAACCAACAGUCCAGCUGCACAGUCUCUGUUCCCUCCUUCACUUGCUUCAUUAUUUGCUAAUAACAGGACAGCAGCUUCAGAAAGUUUCCUAUCUUAGAAUAACCUGGAAAGAUCUCAUUUUAAAAAGAGAAUGUUGGUUACAUUUUAAUCUGAAUGCUAGGAGAGUUGAAUAUUUAAGUACUGAAGUUCCCUCCUGUCUGUUUGCCCAUCAGCCUUUGUGAGGAGUACAUGAAGGCAUAGGCAGUGAAUUCAAGAUAAUGGAUACCUUUGAACGCCAUUGGAGCAAGCAGGAGAUACUUGUAACCCAGAUGAGGAUACAAAGUUCAUGGAGAGAUGUUAAGAUUUCUUGGCAUUCUCCAUUAGCUACAUUACACAGCUCUCUGCUAAUGCGGUGGCUUUUGUGUGUGGUUCCUGUGAAUUGCUUAAGCACAAAACUCCUGAGAAGGGGAUCUGCAGCUGGUAGCAGUGCGCAGGGUAGAAGGGAACAGGACCCAUAUGUCAGUGGUCUAGGAUGGCCAGUGAAGGCUCCAACAUCCCAAGUCCUGUGGUCCGUCAGAUUGACAAGCAGUUUCUGAUUUGUAGCAUAUGCCUGGACCGCUACAAGAACCCCAAAGUACUUCCCUGUCUGCACACUUUUUGUGAAAGGUGCUUACAGAAUUACAUUCCAGCCCAUAGCUUAACCCUUUCUUGCCCCGUGUGCCGCCAGACUUCCAUUCUGCCAGAAAAAGGGGUUUCUGCACUCCAGAACAACUUCUUUAUCACCAACCUGAUGGAUGUCCUGCAACGAACACCGGAGAACAGCAUUGAAGAGUCCUCCAUCUUGGAGACUGUCACUGCUGUUGCUGCAGGCAAACCGCUUUCCUGCCCCAAUCACGAUGGAAAUGUGAUGGAGUUUUACUGCCGGUCUUGUGAGACAGCCAUGUGCAGGGAGUGUACAGAGGGAGAACAUGCAGAGCAUCCCACAGUACCACUCAAGGAUGUGGUAGAGCAACACAAGGCUUCUCUUCAAGUUCAGUUGGAUUCUGUCAACAAACGGCUUCCAGAGAUUGACUCAGCACUUCAUUUUAUAUCUGAAAUCAUACACCAGUUAACCAACCAAAAGGCUAGCAUCGUAGAUGACAUUCAUUCCACUUUUGAUGAACUCCAGAAGACCUUAAAUGUACGAAAGAGUGUGCUGCUUAUGGAACUGGAAGUGAAUUAUGGCCUUAAACACAAAGUUCUCCAAACCCAGCUGGAUACCUUGCUUGAAGGACAAGAGAGCAUUAAAAGUUGCAGCAACUUUACAGCCCAGGCCCUCAACCAUGGCACCGAAACUGAAGUGCUGUUGGUGAAGAAGCAGAUGAGUGACAAGCUGAAUGAACUGGCUGAGCGGGAUUUCCCCUUGCAGCCCCGUGAAAACGAUCAGUUGGACUUCAUAGUGGAAACGGAAGGCCUGAAAAAGUCCAUUCACAAUUUGGGCACUAUUUUAACCACCAAUGCUGUUGCCUCUGAAACAGUUGCCACAGGUGAGGGACUGCGGCAGACUGUGAUCGGACAGCCCAUGUCCGUCACCAUCACCACCAAGGACAAAGAUGGGGAGCUCUGUAAGUCCGGGAACGCUUACCUCACUGCUGAGCUGAGCACGCCUGAUGGAAGUGUAGCAGAUGGAGAAAUACUUGACAAUAAAAAUGGCACUUAUGAAUUUUUGUAUACUGUUCAGAAAGAAGGGGAUUUCACAUUGUCACUGAGACUUUACGAUCAACACAUCAAGGGCAGCCCAUUUAAACUGAAAGUGGUCAGAUCGGCAGACGUAUCCCCUACCACUGAGGGGGUUAAGAGACGUGUUAAAUCUCCUGGCAGUGGUCAUGUGAAGCAGAAAGCUGUGAAAAGACCUGCAAGCAUGUACAGCACUGGAAAAAGAAAAGAGAAUCCCAUUGAAGAUGAUUUGAUCUUCAGAGUAGGCACCAAAGGAAGAAACAAAGGGGAGUUUACAAAUCUUCAGGGUGUAGCUGCAUCUACAAAUGGAAAAAUAUUAAUAGCAGACAGCAACAACCAGUGUGUACAGAUAUUUUCCAAUGAUGGCCACUUCAAAAGUCGCUUUGGCAUAAGAGGAAGGUCUCCUGGCCAGUUGCAGCGUCCAACAGGAGUAGCUGUGCAUCCUGGUGGUGACAUCAUUAUUGCAGAUUAUGACAACAAAUGGGUUAGCAUAUUCUCAUCAGAUGGAAAAUUUAAGGCCAAAAUUGGAUCUGGAAAACUCAUGGGCCCAAAAGGCAUUUCUGUGGAUCGUAAUGGACACAUCAUUGUAGUGGAUAAUAAAGCUUGCUGUGUGUUCAUCUUUCAGCCAAAUGGGAAAAUAGUCACAAGGUUUGGUAGCCGAGGGAACGGCGACAAGCAGUUUGCAGGUACACUUGAUGGUCCUCAUUUUGCAGCUGUAAACAGCAACAAUGAAAUUAUCGUUACAGAUUUUCAUAACCAUUCUGUCAAGGUAUUUAACCAGGAGGGAGAAUUCAUACUGAAGUUUGGAUCAAAUGGAGAAGGAAAUGGACAAUUUAAUGCACCAACUGGUGUUGCUGUAGACUCUAAUGGAAAUAUUAUUGUAGCAGAUUGGGGAAACAGCAGAAUACAGGUUUUUGAUGGAAGCGGAUCAUUUUUAUCCUACAUUAACACCUCUGCUGACCCACUUUACGGCCCCCAAGGUCUGGCCCUUACUUCAGAUGGCCACGUUGUAGUUGCAGACUCUGGAAAUCACUGCUUCAAGGUCUAUCGAUACUUACAGUAACAGUGAGCUCUGGAGCUGGAUAAUUGUCCACCUUUAAGCAAAGACUGGUCCCAGAGAUCCAAGGCAGGAUAUCUCCUACUUCAAGUUCAUUUUUAACAGUGAAAGAGUCUACUUUGAACUUCUUACGUUAAUUUCCAAACUUAACCUUGUUUACAUAGAAAUUGCACCUCUUACGUUCCUUACGUUCCUCACUGAACUUUUUGUUCUAAGGGUUAAUACGCAGAAUCCUCUUUAACUGAAUUCAUAAAGACAAUGUGAUAUUAAAUAAGAACUGCAACUUACGGAACUGCAAUUAACUAGUUAGACAAGAAUGAGAAAAAUUUGGGGAAAAAUCCCCAAAGCUUUUUGAAGACUGUGAAGGGUAGCUCCCGUUCAGAGCUUCCGAAUUUGAAGAAGUAUCAUUGUUAUGCAUUGUUUCACCCAAAGGUGAUCCUGGGAAUCAUUUAGAUCUUGUUUUCAUGGUAGGUAUUACACUUUAAACAUUCUUAAGUCUUACUAUCUGUAACAAGUAGGUCCUUUUAGUUUAAAAAAAAAAAAAAAAAAAAAAAAAAAAAAAAGGUGAAGUCACACAAAAUUGGUCUAGUUCAAACUGUCAGAUUUAACUCAACAUUUAGUGCUAUGAGAAUCAAUGCAAAUUUCCUGCUCAUGUGGGAUUAAUGAAGGAUUUUUUUGUAUACCAGUUGUUCACUUUUUCUCUUGCUCUGUGUACUGGAAGGGCAUUUCAGAAACUGUGUUUCUGAAGCUUUGGAAGAGCUGAACAGUAGUGAUACAUUAGUGAGAGCUGAAUUUCUGCACAACAGCAGACUUUUUGACACCAAACUAGUUCAUUGGGAUCAGGGUUAUUGCAAUGUCAACUCAAUUAACCUCGUGCAUGCCACCCUUUCAUAUAUGUUCAUUGCCACAUUUCCUUAAGGCAACUCAUUGUAUUAACAAAUAUGAAAAUGCAGCAACACACAGGACAGAAAGCCAGAGAGGUACCCCAAUGGAGGACCUACACUGUACAACCAAUGGAACUGUGGUAAACAGAGGUUGUAUAGGAAAGCCAAGGGUUACCAAAGCUAUUUCUUUAUACGUGAGAAAAAAAUACAUUGCAAAUAAGAAUGAAUUUGAACCAAUUCCUGAAGUCCUUCAUCAAAGGGAAUUUUGUUAGAGGAUAAAAUAAAGACUGUGAGAUUUAUUCUGAUUUGUUUGUAUGUAUGUAUGUUUGACUGACACAAAUAUUUUAAAAAGUAAAUGUAGGUUAUUUCAGCAAACUGGAACAUAUGUAUGCCAUAUGACAAUGGUAGUACUCUGAAAAAUGUCCCUCUUCCUUCCUGCCAGAUCUCUUUACUGUGUUCUUUACUGAAUUAUUAAUAUAUACAUUCAUAUAUCAAUGAAUAUUGAUAUAUGAUCAAUGAAAACUUACAAUCUUAUGACUUGGUUCUGUUUAUAAUGUUAUUUUUAAGUGUUUGUCUUUUUUAAAGUGGCAUUGGCUUUAUUCUUAAUUCUAAAUCCAGUGGUCAAACAAUGAGUUACUACCAUAGGCUAAUAGAGGUGGAGUGGUGUUCACUCUAAGCUUCAUUUGAGGAGCUGGUGAGUGUGCUGCCAAUGCCAAAAGCAGUUUGGGAAGCAGUGUGUUUCUUUUCUAAUUUUUAAAACCUUGAAACGAAAGGGCAUUGGGUCAGUAAUGGGAGAGUGUUUUAAGCAUAUUUGCAAAAAUGAAAGAAACCUUUGUUAAAUUACUUGUUACAAAUAUUAGAUUUAUUUCUAAAAAGGUUAAGAUUGUUUCAACAAAUUUAAGAAAAAAUGUUUUGUUUUGUUUUGUUUUUUUUGUAAAGAUGCAUUUGACUUGUAAAAAUGCAGACCUCCAAAUUCUUAAAUGUAGUGUUUGUCUACUCUUUUUAAUUGCUGUUUCUUCUUCUCAUUUCCAUUUACAAACUCACACAAAGAUCCCUUUUCUUAUUUCAUUUGAACAAAUAUUUUGUGUAUAAGGCUUGAGAUUUGAACUUAUGUAUACUGCAGCUAAGAAACUGGUGGUAACAUUUUUUGGAAUGUUAAAAAUGAAGUUUGUUCUUACCAAAAGAAAAAUAACCUUUGCUUAAACUGAGUUUGUCCUAAAAUGCUGAAGGUGAGUUACCUCAGAUAUUAUAUAGUAAGAUGUCCUAUCAAAAUUUGACGAAGUUGUCAAUCAAACUUUAUGACGAUCAAUUAAUUUUAUUCUAAGUGUCCUUAUAAACAACCUGAUAAUUUCUAGCACUGGAAUGCCUUUCAAUGGCUAAUUUAUCAAUGAACAAACAUAUGUAGCAUUUUAAAUGCAUUCUUUAAUGAAGAGGUUCUUUGAGAUAAGUAAAUUAGAAGUGUACCAUCACCAUCAGUUAUGACAAUACUAACAAGAUUUAGUUCAAAAAUUGAAUUUUUGUAGUAACAUUUUACUAAACAUACAUGCCUCCUACUGAAGAAACAUUGCCAAAUCCUUCAUUGCCAGGUAGUAUGAGAAUUGCAGAAAUCAGACCCUAAUCUAUAGGUAUCAAAAUGUGCACUUAAGAUUAUACUAAUCCAUGAAUCCAUUUUUCUGCAGAUGAAUUUCUGUUCAUUCAGCUCAGUAUUGUUUAUCAGGAUUUUAGGUAACCUCUGUCAGCCCAUUGCAUGUCUGUAUGGAAUUCUGCAUGCAACUCCCUUGCUACCAUGUAUUAGGAGUGAUGUGGAUAUUUUCUUAAGAUUGAAUAGUCUGUAUUGAGUCUUCCCUUAAGGAAGAGCAGAACAACCCUUAAGGCACCUGAAAAAAAGGCACUUAUUUGGAUUUCCUUCUGAUAGAUAGCAAAUGCUGCCAAUUUGUGGCACGGGAUAUUUUGUUUCCAAAGGCUGACCUUAUCUUCCUGGCACAGGAAACUGAGAAACAUGUUGCUUUGGCAGUGUGCUCAGCUAAAAUGCUUGAGUUACCAAUGUUACAAAGAACAACCAAAGCAGGAAUUCUGUUCUAAAAAAAAACUGGCAGAUUCUUUUCUCAUUCAGUUAGGUGAACAUCAAAACUGCACUACUUGAUUUACUGAGUUGUUAGCAUUUAUUAAAAGCUUAUAGGCAUUCUGCUGCCAGAUUUCAGGUGUAACCAGAAAUGUUGCUUCAACGUCCCUGGAAUGCUGUGACUAAAAGUGUAGCACGAAUGACAAAAGUAUGUGCUUCAUUUAACUAAUUUUCAACUCAAAAGUAAUCUCAACAGGUUAUUGGUUCUUAUGUAAUAUGGAGUAUUUUAGGACAAACUAGCUAACUGUAUUUUUAUUAUUUUGUAUCCAGAAUAAAGGAAUAUGUUCACAUAAAUCCACUACAAAUAGGGGGUUCUUACAUUAGUAUAAUGUAAGAAUAGCAGCAAUGUGGCUGUGUAAGAAAAGGCAAAUGGCUUGAGGCAAAGCAUUUGUCUAAUGUAGAUGGAGAGUUAUUUAUUAGUAAAUGCUCUUCUGGUUCUUAAAGCUAGAGGGUUUUCAAUUUUAGACCAGUUUUUUUUUUACAGUUAAGGAUCUGGUGUUGCCAUAAUGAGGACUGUAAGUGCCCAAUAUGUUGUGUUUGUUAUGAAGAAAUGACUUCCAGCUGUGGGUGACAGCUAGUUAUAAAAUCAUGAUGUACAUUGGCAAUUUUCUUGAGUAACUGUGAGCAGUGAUUGCUUUGGACUGUUGGUGGAGAGUAUGAGAAAGGUAUUUGUGCUAUGGGGUAGGAAGUUUCCUCACUGGUUGUGUUCUUUCUGAUGAAUGUACAGCACUUCGGUUGAUGUCUGUGAGCAACACGGCCUUAACCUUGACACUUUUUGCUUUGGCUUUAUGACAUGGGAAUGUUCCCCAAGCUGCACAGCAUAUGGCAGUAUCCCCACAUUAGAAAUUUCUACCAGUUGAUACACUGCAGCUUUCCGGUUCCAAGACUCUAUCUUUCCUCUUCAUUUUUAAAAGUUUUUUUGUACAUUCCACCUUUUUAAGUCUGUUUCAUAUGUUUUGUGUACACGUAAGUCUUGCACUCUCUUGAAACUCAUGAUGAAAUAUUAUUCUCACUUGUUUUUGUUUCAUUGUUUUGCUUUCUUUUUAAAUCCCUGUGAGGCUAAAUACAACUUUAUCUCUUUAACAGCGAGUAUGAAAGAUGCACAUCAAAGUGUUUGUGUGUGUGUAUGUGUGUGUAUAGUUUUAGCUUCCUGUGUGCCACAGCAUUCUUAAUGCUUUAGCCAAUGAUAAAAAUAAAAAGUACUCUGUCUUGGAAAUGUAGGAAAAUCAAUCAAAUAUGUACCUUUACCACGCACAAAAAUUUCAAAUAAUAACAAUAAAGCUUGUUUCCUCUGUUA